AAAGAAAGUCAGAUGAGGAAAAGAUUACUUGUUCACAUACAAUGAUAUACAAUCUGUGGCUUUUGACUAUACGAGUGCAACUGUGAGAGCAAGGGCCGUCCUAGAAUGGGUAGAACUUCCUAUACCGACGGCGGAUUAAAUAAGGGAGCUUGGACUGCUUUUGAAGACCAGAUUCUUAGAGAUCAUGUCAAAAUCCAUGGUGUAGGGAAGUGGGGGAAGAUUGCUGAGAAAGCAGACGUUUUUAUGUUUGUCUUGUCAGGUCUUAAGAGAUGUGGAAAGAGCUGCAGACUUCGUUGGGUGAAUUAUCUUAGACCUGAUGUUAAAAGAGGAAACAUUUCCCAGGAUGAAGAAGAUCUCAUUAUAAGGCUCCAGAGACUCUUAGGCAACAGAUGGUCUCUGAUAGCUGGAAGGCUUCCAGGUCGGACAGACAAUGAAAUAAAAAACUAUUGGAAUACUAUCCUAAGAAAGAAGGUAAAAGUUAGCAAUGAGCCAGACAAAAUCCUCAAGGAACCUUCAAAUGAGACUGUACCAUCUUCGAACAUGGAACCAUUUUCUACGAAAACCAAGCUAAAAGGAUAUUCCGAUGCUACUUUUUGCCCAACAGCAAUCUCAAUUGAGCAUGUUGACAGUGGCACGCUGGUGAAAGCCCCCAUUGAUGAAGGUUUGGAGACGAACAAGGAAGCAGAUGGUGACAAACGUAUUUCGCCUUUCAAUAUCGGAAGCAAUUAUAAUACACAGGACUUGAUGAAGGAUCUUAAUGUUGAGGAGAUUAGCCUAUCAAAGCUUCUGCAUACUGACUUCCAAGAUAUCUAUGAAGGUAACGAGAUGAUGAUUAAAGAUUAUGAUAGUGGUUCACCAUUCUCUUCAAACCAAACUCAGGUAUCCUAGGAUGGACCAUUUGAUAUUUGGACAUUUGAUAAUAAUAUUCUAUUUUAGUUAGCUAUGGAUCCUUGAACUUGAAUUUUUAGCGCCGAGAUAGGGAAU